CAUGUUGCCUUCCCAUCUUCUUCUGCCACUUCUCUUCCUUGUACCAGCUCUGUUCCUAUCCCUGUGCCUUAGACGACCUAAGCAUGACCAGAAACAACCGCCAGGUCCACCGGCCUGGCCGGUGAUCGGCAACCUCCACCAGUUGGGUACUCUCCCGCACCGAUCCCUUCAGUCUCUCGCGAAGCGCUAUGGACCCAUCAUGUCCUUGCGACUCGGACAGGUCCCUGCUGUUGUCGUCUCUUCCCCUGAAGCUGCCGAGCUUUUCCUGAAGACGCACGACGUCGUCUUUGCGAGCCGGCCAAAGACUCAAGCGUCGGAGUUCCUUUCUUAUGGCUCCAAGGGGAUGGCUUUCUCUGAAUAUGGUCCUUACUGGCGUAACAUGAGGAAGCUCUGUACUUUGCAGCUUUUUAGUGCAUCGAAAGUAGAGUCGUUUGCCCCCUUGAGAAGGAAGGAGUUGGGACAGCUGGUGAAGUCGAUCGAGAAAUGGGCGGCGGCGCGUGAGGUGGUGGAUCUGACGGAGAAGGUGGAGCGACUUGUAGAAGAUAUAAUGUAUAAGAUGAUAUUUGGAAGCAACAGGGAUGAUAGGUAUGAUCUGAAGGGGCUUGUUCAUGAGACGCUGAAUUUGGUCGGAGCCUUCAAUAUUGCAGAUUUCGUGCCUUUCUUGGCGCCACUUGAUAUCCAGGGCUUUGCAAGACGCUUGCGGAAGAUUAGCAAGGAACGUGAUGAGAUGUUAGAAACGAUUAUUAGAGAGCAUGAAAAGGCAACAGCAGAAGGGCAGAAUAGAAGACGCAAGGACUUCGUGGACAUACUACUCUCUUGCAUGGAUACUUACGAUGAUCAGCACAACUUUGUCAUAGAUCGAACCAACAUCAAAGCGAUCCUUCUAGAUACGAUCGUUGGUGCAGUGGAGACUUCAGCUACUGUCAUUCUGUGGGCUUUCUCGGAACUCUUAAGGAAUCCAAGGGUGAUGAAAAAACUCCAGUUCGAACUAGAAAACCAAGUAGGAAUAAGCAAAAUGGUCGAGGAAGCCGAUUUGCCAAGGUUGAGUUACUUGGAUAUGGUGCUUAAAGAGACUAUGAGGCUAUACCCAGUUGCACCCUUACUAGUCCCUCGUGUGUGUAGGGAAGACAUCACGAUCAAUGGCUAUGACAUAAGGAAGAACUCACGAAUCAUAGUGAACUCGUGGACCAUAGGAAGAGAUCCUAAGAUAUGGUCUGAUAAUGUGGAAGCAUUUUGUCCAGAGAGGUUCUUGGACGGCAAUAUCGACUAUCGAGGAUAUGAGUUCCAAUUCUUACCAUUUGGUUCAGGUCGAAGAGGCUGCCCUGGUGUGCAAUUGGGUUUAAUUACUGUUAAGCUUAUUUUAGCACAAUUGGUUCACUGCUUUAAUUGGGAACUUCCAGAAGACAAGUCUCCUCAUGACUUGGAUAUGUCUGAGACAUUUGGUCUCUCAAUGCCAAGAGCCAAGCACUUGUUAGCUCUUCCAUCUUAUCGCCAUAGCCUGAAACAACCCCCAGGGCCACCGGCCUGGCCGGUGAUCGGCAACCUCCACCAGUUGGGUACUCUCCCGCACCGAUCCCUUCAGUCUCUCGCGAAGCGCUAUGGACCCAUCAUGUCCUUGCGACUCGGACAGGUCCCUGCUGUUGUCGUCUCUUCCCCUGAAGCCGCCGAGCUUUUCCUCAGGACGCACGACGUCGUUUUUGCCAGCCGCCCAAGGACUCAAGCGUCGGAGUUCCUUUCUUAUGGCUCCAAGGGGAUGGUUUUCUCUGAAUAUGGCCCUUACUGGCGCGAUAUGAGGAAGCUCUGUACUCUGCAGCUUGUUAGCUCAUCGAAAUUGGAGACGUUUGCUCCCUUAAGAAGGGAGGAGUUGAGACAGCUGGUGAAGUCGAUUGAGAAAUCGGCGGCGGCGAGUGAGGUGGUGGAUCUGACGGAGAAGGUGGAGCGGCUUGUAGAAGACAUAAUGUAUAAAAUGAUAUUUGGACGCAACAGGGACGAUAGAUUUGAUCUGAAGGAUCUUAUUCAUGAAGCGCUGAACUUGGUUGGAGCCUUCAAUAUUGCAGAUUUCGUUCCUUUCUUGGCGCCAUUUGAUAUCCAGGGCUUUACAAGACGUUUGGUGAAGACGAGCAAGGAAGUUGAUGAGAUAUUAGAGACCAUUGUUAGAGAGCAUGAAGAGGCAGCACCAGAAGAACAGAAUAGACGACACAAGGACUUUGUGGACAUACUACUCUCUUGCAUGGAUACCAAUUACGAUGAUCACCACAACUUUGUCAUAGAUCGAACCAACAUCAAAGCCAUGCUUCUGGAUAUGACUGCUGCUGCAUUAGACACUUCUUCUGCUGUCAUUCUGUGGGCUUUUCCAGAACUCUUAAGGAAUCCAAGAGUGAUGAAAAAACUCCAACUUGAACUAGAAAAUCAAGUAGGAAAAAGCAAAAUGGUCGAGGAAGCCGAUUUGCCAAGGUUGAGUUACUUAGAUAUGGUGGUUAAAGAGACUAUGAGACUAUACCCAGUUGGACCCUUACUAGUCCCUCGUGUGUGCGGGGAAGAUAUCAUAAUCAAUGGCUAUUACAUAAGGAAGAAUUCUCGAAUCAUAGUGAAUUCAUGGAGCAUAGGAAGAGAUCCUAAGGUAUGGUCUGAUAAUGUGGAAGAAUUCUGUCCAGAGAGGUUCUUGGAGGGCAAUAUGGACUAUCGAGGACAUGAGUUCCAAUUCUUACCAUUUGGUUCUGGUCGAAGAGGCUGCCCUGGUUUGCAAUUGGGUUUAAUUACUGUUAAGCUUAUUUUAGCACAGUUAGUGCACUGCUUCAACUGGAAACUUCCGGAGGACAAGUCUCCAGAUGAGUUGGAUAUGACUGAGACAUUUGGUUUGUCAAUGCCAAGAGCUAAUCACUUGCUAGUUCUCCCAUCUUAUCGCCUACCAAUUAAUUGACGAAUCUUAGUUUGAGGCGUUUUGCAGCCCAAU